GAUAUUGCACAACACUGAUCACUGUUCUGCGUUCUGCAAUCUGUUGAAUAUAGCUACUUUCAAUAAGCAAAAAAGUUUAAUCUGGUUUAAUCUAAAUUAUUGGAACAUUAGAAUAUUACUCCUUAAAAGUAGCAAAUAUCUAUAAUAAAGGAAAAAGAAGUAUUGUUUAAAUGGUUAAUAGGAAUAUCAAGUAUGAGUUAUUUUAGUGAGUUGCAUCAAUUAUCGGAUAUUUCUAGUAUUUCUACAAUUUCCCAAUCCAGUGACAGAUUAAUUAAUAGAGUAAAUUUAUCGCAAAGUUUGUUAGACAAUUAUUCCAGUGCUAUAAGAAGUAACAAUAAGUUUGUGAUAACCCAGGAAACAACUGCAAUCGAAAAAACGAUAAAGUUAUUAGUAUUAUGCGAAGAAAGUAUAAGUGAACAUGUCAAAAUUAACAUUAUCUAUCAGUGUAUAAAGAAAGCAUCUUUGAAUCCCAAAGAUGUUUUUUCCAAAAGCACAGCUAGCAAAUUACAAAUGUUGCUUUCAAUUCAUGAGCUGGAUAAGUAUAUGCAUCUUCAUUCGACAACAAAAUAUAUGCAAGAUAAAUUGAUACUUUUGGGAAUUUGUGAUUUACCAUCAUGUCACUUAAAUUCUAAUGAAAAAUUAGAAGUAAAAUAUCGCAUCGAGACAAUGUUACGAGAAACAAUACAUGAUACAAUACUGAAAUAUGAAGCCUUAGGAGGAAAUAUUAAGGAAACUUCAAAGAAUGACUGUAAGACACAUAAUCAAUUCUUAGAAUAUUAUGAUGUGCCAGCAGUACAAUGGAAAAAUAAAAUUGAGGAUUUGAUUCUGCAAUGUGAAAAUGACUUGCUGAAAUAUAUAUAUUUAAUAGGCAAGUGGAAUAAGCUGAAAUAUGAAGAUAUGAACCAAGCAUAUUUAGAAAAGACAGGCUAUUUAUUGCUGCAGGCACAAGUUGCAGAGUUGCAAGCAAAGAUAACAAAACUUUCUUGCACAAUCAGAAUGUUCAAAGAAACUUCAACUACUAUUGAUGCUUUUAAAAUGUUACAUCAAUUAGUUGAAAAGAAAUUAAAAAUGGUUACAGAUGUAAUUCGCCAGAAGGAAGAUUUAAAGAAGCUGUACGACAAUAUGAAGGAUACAGAAUAUGAUCAAGUGUUAUUAAUCUACUCACAGCUCUGCAAUGCAAUAAAGAAGAAAAAACAUAUCUUGGAUAUGUUGAAAUAGUUUUAUAAAUAAAUGGAAGAUUUAAUGAUCAAAGC